AUGGAACUCCUGGGUGACUUCUUCCUAUACGUUGGCCAUCGUAUUCUACAUGAAUAUUUGUGGGACUACCACAAGUACCACCACUUGAUUGACACACCAACGGCCGUGAGCACCGCAUGCAUUGAUGGAUUAGAUGCCACAGUGCAAGCUGGUAUCCCGACUAUGGGAGCUGCGGUGCUGAUGCAGCCACACCCUCUGACCUUCUGUGCAUAUGCAUAUGCUCGUGUGGCGGAGAAUGUGUUGAACCAUUGUGGUAUGGAGCAUUGGCUUCUGAACUUGGUCUUUUUGAAGUUCCUCCCAGGCCGCGCAGGGGUCGCCAAUCACGAUGCGCAUCACAGGUACUCGAACUAUGCAAAGAAUGCGAAGAACUUCGGUGAGAAUUUCUGGUUGUGGGACUGGGCCUUUGGAACUUUGGGCCACGUGGGUUCCACGAAGAAGUUCUGA